UUGAUUGGUUACCAAAUAUUGAGAGAAAUUCAAUUUUUAUAACUUCUUUUUCUUCAAGAUAAUCAUGCAGACAUCAAAAUACUCGGCCAUCCAUUGAAACAGGGAAAUUGUGUUCUGCAUUUUACUUCCAUCUUUCACUGUUAGAUACAAAAACUUGUGCACUCAGCCGAAAAGGGAUUUCAAACAAAAGGUGUGUUGAGACUUUAGGGCAAGCCAAAGAGAAAGGAGAAUUUGUUCUUAGUUUGGCUAUUCACCUUUCUCUGGGCAAAUUUUUGUUUUCUCUGCAAAGAUGGAUACUUCAACAUUAACUGAACAACCAUUUCUGAAGCUCUCUUCAGAUGAGAUGUUGGAAUUGGAAAGAAUAUACAAAGAUAUGGGAGAAAAACCAAUUGAUUGGAAGUUGUGUCAGGAGAUUGCUAGACGAUUUGGUUCCUUGUCAAAUGCUGCCGGUAAAACUUCCUUAUCAUGGCAACAGGUGGAGCAGUGGUUCAAAAAUAGGCAGAGAGUAUCACAGAAUAAAGAUAGUUCAUCACCCAACCUGGUGCCACUUUCUGCAGGUCUUUCAAGUUCAAAAGCUACAGAUAUAUCGGACUUGGCAUUUGAAGCAAGAUCUACAAAAGAUGUUGCAUGGCAUGAUGUUGCACUGUUCCUUAACUACAGAGUUAUGUGCUCAGGCGAACUUGAAGUCCGUGUCCGAUAUGCUGGAUUUAGUAAAGAGCAGGAUGAGUGGGUGAAUGUGAAACAGGGGGUGCGUGAGAGAUCUAUACCAUUAGCUCCUUCAGAAUGUCAAAAGCUUCAGGAUGGAAAUCUUAUACUAUGUUUCUUGGAAAGAGACGAUUAUGCUCUCUAUUGUGAUGCUCGAAUUGUGAAAAUCCAGAGGAGGGUGCAUGAUCCAACAGAGUGUACAUGCACCUUCAUUAUUCGAUAUCUCCAUGACCAGACUGAGGAAGAAGUUUCUUGGAACAGGUUAUGCUGUAGGCCUACAGAAGAAGAAUCUGCUGUCUACCCAAUUCUUGCCAUUGAUCCCACCCAAAGUCCUUCUCCUAGUUUCUCCCUAAAUCCCAUAGAGUCCUUGUGGGGAUAAAAAGAGCCAGCUUUUUUCCGAAUUCCCCAAUUUACUUUUGGCUAAUGUUUAUUGUUUAUUGACAACUUAAGAUGGUUAGACUUUUGUCUAUUUUAUUUUUAAUGUUAUAAACAUU